UACAGACAAUGGGUUCAGUUUGAAAUUGCUAAAAAGAAAAUGAAUCCAAUAGAAACAAAACGUAAAGGAAAUUUAUCAAUCUUGAUGGACAGAGAUGUUUUUAAAAGAUAUAUAAAUGAAAAAUCAAUGACAAUCAUAUACAUCUUAAAAGUUUCUAAGAGAAAAGUUUUAAGUUACAGAAAAAAAAAAUUCAUAUAUCUCAAUUGAUCGUGAACAAAAAAAAACAAACAACCAAAAAAAAAAAAAAAAAUGGAGCAUAUAUAAAAACUUAUAAUAUUCUUUUCAGUUGAUCCUAAAGAGCUUCCGUACUAUGAGAAAGGGGGCGUGUCCGAUUUUAAAUUCAUUUAUCGAACGACUUAUCUUAUAUGCAUCACUUCCGGUCAUUAUGGCUGACGACGAUACAGUACCAAAAUACUCACCGGAUGGUUUAUCUCACGAUUCUGCAGAAGAAGAUCCAUUUGAAAAUGCAAGAAAAGCCGGAAAGAAAAACCUGCUCCAGUGGAUGGAGAUCAGUGUCGCUGAGCCAGAAAAGAGAGUGGUCACCUCCAUGAAAGUCCAAGAUACGUUUAUUGUUUACCUGGUGGAAACAAGAAUAACAGACAAGAAUAUUAAGUACAAUGGAGAUGGCACGUCCUCCCUGUGGAGGAGGUACAGCGAGUUUGAGCUGCUACAGAAUUAUCUUUCCAUUACGUACCCCUACACCGUAGUCCCGCCUCUACCGGAGAAAAAGGCAUCCUACAUCUGGCAGAACAGCCCCACCGACAAGUUUGAUUUGGAAUUUAUUGAGAGAAGACGGGCUGCCUUAGAGAUUUUUAUGUUGAGAGUGGCUGCUCAUCCUAUCCUUUCUCAAGACAGAAUCUUUGUUGGAUUUAUGCGACAGGAAGAUGGCUGGAAGGAUUCUGUAUAUGCUACCGACUUCCAGAGCAAGGCGGAGUCUCGAUUAAAGGCCCUGAAUGCAUCGUUCCGACUCCAGAAUCCAGACAGACAAUACGAAGAAUUAAAGAAUUACUGUACUGAGCUAGAGAGUAACAUCGCUAAUCUUUUAAAAAUUCGUGCUAAAAUGGCUGACAAACUAUAUGGAAUUCACAAAAUCCAUGCAAACUACAGCCGAGUGUUUGGGGAGUGGAGUGGGAUAGAGAAAGAAAUGAACGAACCGUUACAGAGUGCUGCACACUACAUGAAUGUGUACUGUCAGAGUGUUGAUAGUAUAUUGGAAGAGGAGGAGCAAUAUGCUGACCAGUUGAAGGAGUACCUGGCUUUUGCUGAGUCUCUCAGGUCGGUGUGUAGGAAGUAUGAAUGUCUACAGUAUGAUAUGGAACGAGCAGAAGACAACCUCACCUACAAAAAGAAUCAGAAGGAAAUGCUGGAGCAAGGGAAGACUGGAGGCACGUUCUCGCUGAGUGGGAUGAAGACCAAGAUUUUUGGCAGUGACACUCCUGAGCAACGUGACCAGAAAAUCAAACAGCUAGAGGAACAGAUUGAGCAGACACAAGUGGAGCUUCGAACGGUGACUGAGGAACUCCAAAAAUUUGUGGACGCCUCGAUGAGGGACAUCGACAGGUUCAAGAGGCAGAAAGUUAAAGAUUUAAAAGAAAUUUUUACGAAUUACGCUGUGAUGCAGAUAAAACAAUGUAAAAGGGGAAUAGCUGUGUGGACCAGUGCCAAGGAUUGCUAUACUAAGAUGUAAGGCUGGGAGACGGUUAUUCAUCAUCAGAUGUAUGACCGCAAGAAAGUUAUCCAUCAUUAGAUGAAGGUUGUGAGACGACACAGGGCACAUGUGCAAUACUGGACCAAUUAGACAAUGUAGACUGUCAAUGUGCAAUAUACACCAGGCUUUUACUCAUCAAGCUGCAAGGCUGAAUUUUUAUUCUCGAUAUGUAAAAUGGACUUUUAUUUGUUAUUGAGCAGAUCAAAAAACACAUGCUGGUCAUAUUAAGAUACUCAUUCUCACGGGGGCAUUAAAUCCAAGUUAACCUGGUUGUUCUGCUGUUUGCCGUCUUGAAAUGCAUUUGUUUUUUAAGGCAAUACAUUUAACAAGAAUGUUAAAUUCGUUUUUAUUUGUGAACUGAACUUUUUCAUUAGUGGGCUUUGUUAGCGAUCCGUUACUUCAUUGUGUCGCCAUUAACAGAGAAUGCACAAGGAAGCCUCUGAUCUCUCUGAAGUCCAGACAAUAUUUGUAAUUAGAAGAAGAAUCCUCACUGUAUCCAAGGCAUUGUUGUCGCUUGGUCUCUGUUUUAUGUUAGUAACACCCGCUCUGCUGAUAACUAUUCCAAUAGAAUACUUAUUGUUCAAAUUGUGAAUUCACCGAACCAUUUUCUUGUUAGAUGUGGUUUUUGUUCAUGAAUUACGUGAAUUGUAAACAAAGAAAUAAAUUAGUGAUUGUUGUU